CGCCCCGGGAAUGCGCAGAGGUGGAGCGGCGCCGCCCUGGGGCACUCCCCGGCGUGGGCCCUUCGGGCGGGCGGGGCGGACCCUGGCCCCCGGCGCUCGGAGGCCUGGAACUGUGGGCCGGACGCCGGCCCUGCCACGCAGCCGCAGAGACUCGGCCCCGCGGGCGGGCUGCAGGAAGAGAGGCGACGCCCCCUGGAGCGCGGCAGGAACCCGGCCCGGCCCGGCCCGCCUCCCCGCCCGCCAAGGCGCUCCGGCCCCAGAAGUGAUGAAAGCGGCGGCCGAGACCAGAUCACGCCGAAGCCGUUGCCCUUUUAAGGGGGAGCCUUGAAACGGCGUCCGGGUUCCAUGUUUGCAUCCGCCUCGCGGGGAGGAAACUCCAUGUUGUAACAAAGUUUCCUCCGUACCCCUCCCUCCCCCUCCCCCCUUGAGCCUGGCUCCCUUCCCCACCGAAGCUAGCGGGGAUCCCUCCCUCCCACCCCUCCCCUCCCCCCCGCGCCCCGAUUCCGGCCCGAGCCGGGGGGGAGGCCGGGCGCCGGGGCCAGACUGCGGCCGGAGCGGAGAGUGCCCGGCCCCAUGGACAGCUCGGCCGUCAUUACUCAGAUCAGCAAGGAGGAGGCGCGGAGCCCGCUGCGGAGUAAAGGUGACCAGAAGUCAGCGGCUUCCCAGAAGCCCCGAGGCCGGGGCAUUCUCCACUCACUCUUCUGCUGCGUGUGCCGUGACGAUGCGGAGGCCCUGCCUGCCCGUAGCGGGGCACCCCUGCUGGUGGAGGAGAAUGGCACCGUGCCCAAGCAGACCCCGGUCCAGUACCUGCUUCCCGAGGCCAAAGCCCAGGACGCAGACAAGAUCUGCGUGGUCAUCGACUUGGACGAGACCUUGGUGCACAGCUCCUUCAAGCCAGUGAACAAUGCUGACUUCAUCAUCCCUGUGGAGAUUGAUGGGGUGGUCCACCAGGUCUACGUGCUAAAGCGGCCCCACGUGGACGAGUUCCUGCAGCGAAUGGGCGAGCUCUUCGAGUGUGUGCUCUUCACAGCCAGCCUUGCCAAGUAUGCAGACCCAGUAGCUGACUUGCUGGACAAGUGGGGGGCCUUCCGGGCACGGCUGUUUCGUGAGUCGUGCGUCUUCCACCGUGGGAACUACGUGAAGGACCUGAGCCGGCUGGGCCGAGACCUCCGGCGGGUGCUCAUCCUGGACAACUCGCCUGCCUCCUACGUCUUCCAUCCAGACAACGCCGUGCCGGUGGCCUCGUGGUUUGACAACAUGAGUGACACAGAGCUGCAGGACCUCCUCCCCUUCUUUGAGCAACUCAGCCGCGUGGACGACGUGUACUCGGUGCUCAGGCAGCCUCGGCCUGGGAGCUAGUCAGGCUGGAUGGGGCCUGGACCUGCCCCUGACCACUGCCUACACCUCACACACGGACUUCAUGGCACCCACUGCUCUUUUCUAGGAAAACCCAUUGGCCACCCCACCCAGGGCCAUGGGGCAGCAGGCGUGUCCCCCAUUAGCCUUGUCAGGCUGCCUAGGGGGCCGCAGCCUGCACCGAGGGUGAUGAGCUCCUGGGCCUCCAUGUCAGUGCCUUAGAACCCCUGUCCCCUCCUCGGGGACCUGUGGGGGCCCUGCCUCUGUCUUCUCUCUGCGCUGCCAUGUUUCUCUGCUGCCAAAUCGGGCCCCUUGUUGAGGGGAGCAUUCCUGCUGCCCCAUGCCUUGGCCCCCCACCCCGGCCUGGGAACAGUGGGUACAAAGUGCCUUGCAUAGAGCCCCCUCCCUGCCCAGCUUUCCCCGAGUGUGGGCGUGAUCCUGGUCAGGGACGGCCUGUCUCCCGCCCUCCCCUCCCCUCCCUUAUCACUGCCUGGGAGAAAGAAGAGGGGAGAUGGUCUGUUUCCACCUGAGAAGGGAGCAGGGGUCUACCUUUCAAGACCUCAGAGUACAGCCCUCCAGGGCCGACGGCUGAGGACUGCCCCCCACCACCCAAGCCCCAACCCCUCACGCCUGCCUUAACCAAGUAUGGCCAGGCCCGAGGGCUUGGUACCCCCAGCUGUGAGUGUGGGGGUAUAGACAGGCCCCCAUUUGGUGCCAUAUAAAUAUGUAUAUGUGUAUAUAGAUUUUUAGGGGAAGGGGAGGAGGGGUAGGGGUUGAGACACCCCUCCCUCACCCUUUUCCUGGGCCCGGAAAUUGGGGGGGAGGGAGGGAAAGGAUUUUUACAUUUUUUAAAUUACUAUAUUCUGAAUGAAACAAGCUGGGCCGAGGGGCCCCAGGCCCUGACCUCUGUCCCUCACACCCCUUUGCUUCACUCAUUCAUUCAGCCAACAUUUAUUGAGCACCUUUUCUGUGCCAAGCUCCGUGCCAGGCCCACCAGCUGAAUGGGGAGGGGGGAGGGUGUCUCUUCACCACUUAAUUGGUGCACUUAAUUGGUGCCCCCCUCCCAGCCACCCCACACUUCACUGGUGCCUUUGGGGGAUUUGCAGGAAGUGGGACCCUUUUUGUGGGGCUUGGAGGUCUCCAGGAAGCCUGGCCAAGCUGCCCCCUCCCUGGUGCCAACUCACCUCCUGCAACCCCCUGCCACACCCCCUGCCACACCCCCUGCUAGCUGGGGGGCAGCUCCCAGGAUGACCUGCUUUCCCAUCCCAGCUCCUGUAUCCUGUAUCUGGAACCCCUCCUUUUAUGUGCUGUGUUUGGAGGUCACUGCCUUGGGUUCUUCCCCAGGGCCUGACAGGGAAACCCAAACCCACGGACCAGUGCCAAGGGGGACAUCAAGGGGAAAUGUGCUCCCCCAGCACCCCAACAGAGAGCUGGGGGUGGGGGAAGGAGGGUUGGGCUGAGUCUAUAAGUGCCUUUUCUGACCGAAUCCCACCAUGUGAUGAAAACUAAAGAAAGCCAGACCCCACCCCCCAA